AUGGACCAAAUGAUCGGCGAUGGCGGCCGCAACCCGCUCGAGGCUUGGUUCUGGGAGAUGCCCAUAUGCACCAGAUGGUGGACCACCGCCACCGUCCUGACGAGCGCCCUGGUCCAAUGCCAUAUUGUCGGCCCGUUCCAGCUAUUCUACAGCGUCCGGACCGUCUUCCACAAAGCACAGUAUUGGCGCCUGUUGACGACCUUCCUCUACUUCGGACCCUUCUCGCUCGAUCUUCUCUUCCACGUAUACUUCCUCCAGCGCUAUGCCCGUCUCCUCGAGGAAUCAUCCGGCCGAUCGCCCGCCCACUUCUCGUGGCUACUCGUCUACUCUAUGGCAUUCCUCCUAGUACUCUCGCCAAUGGUGUCCAUGCCGUUCCUCGGCCAUCCGCUGUCGUCGACACUGGUCUACAUCUGGUCGCGACGGAACCCCGACACGCGACUCAGCUUCCUGGGCCUGCUGGUCUUCACUGCGCCCUACCUGCCCUGGGUGCUGAUGGGAUUCAGUCUUGUUAUGCACGGGACGAUACCCAAGGAUGAGCUGAUGGGAGUCAUCAUUGGCCACAUCUGGUACUUCUUUACCGACGUGUACCCCCCGAUGCACAAUGGCUCUCGGCCACUGGACCCCCCGAUGUUUUGGCGCCGGUUGUUCGAGGGUAGACAAAGGGAAGAGACGGCAGAUGACGUCAACCACGAGUUCGCUGUAGCCGGAGGGCCAGAGCUCGCUGCAGCGGAUGUGCGAUGA